CAAAUACUAUUGAUUGAAUCAUGGGACAUUACGUCACGCUUGCCACGUGUAACCUCAACCAAUGGGCACUUGAUUUCGAAGGAAACCGUGAUAGAAUUAUUGCUUCCAUUGUGGAAGCAAAACGCCAAGGUGCAAGCUUAAGAGUUGGCCCGGAAUUGGAGAUUUGUGGUUAUGGAUGUCUUGACCAUUUUUCGGAAAAUGACCUCUAUGAUCACCUGUGGGAGAUGUACGCCCAGAUCUUGGAGGACAGUCGCACCCAGGGUAUCCUUCUCGAUGUCGGGAUGCCCAUCAUCCACAAAACCAUCAAGUACAAUUGUCGGAUCAUUUCUUAUGAUGGUAAAAUUCUUUUAAUUCGUCCAAAGUUACAUCUUGCCAACGAUGGGAAUUACCGUGAAAUGAGAUAUUUCACUCCUUGGAACAGACCAAAGUACCAUGAAACCCACAUGCUUCCAAAGUUGUUACGGGAAAUCACUGGUCAACAUUCGGUUCCCUUUGGUGAUUGUAUCAUUGAAACCUUGGAUACUACAUUUGGAGCAGAAACCUGCGAGGAAUUGUUUACACCACAAUCACCACAUAUUGCUAUGGCUUUAGAUGGGGUUGAAAUAUUCACCAAUUCCUCUGGAUCUCACCAUGAACUCCGGAAGUUGGACACUCGUUUGGAGCUCAUAACCGAGGCCACCAAGAAAUGUGGAGGGGUUUACUUGUAUCUGAAUCAAAAGGGAUGUGACGGGGAUAGAUUAUACUAUGAUGGGUGUGCUUGUAUUGUAGUUAACGGUGAAAUGGUUGCACAAGCAUCUCAAUUCCUGCUUGCCGACGUUGAGGUUAUUUCUGCAACCAUUGAUUUGGACGAUGUUAGAGCCUAUAGAAGUCAGAAGCUGGCUCAAUUACAAGCAGUACAACAAUUAGAACUGUACCACCGUAUUUCUGCAGACAUUGAAUUGGUUGCUAGUGGUCAUACUUUUGAUCCAACCUUGAAACCUUCAACAGUCCAGCCGAUCCGUUACCAUUUACCGGAAGAAGAGAUUGCUCUUGGACCAGCAUGUUGGUUAUGGGAUUACCUUAGAAGAUCAAAAUGUGCUGGAUACUUCCUCCCUUUGAGUGGAGGAAUAGAUUCCUGUGCCACUGCCGUCUUGGUUCAUCUGAUGUGUAGGUUGGUCGUAGAAGCAUGUGAAAACGGUGAUAAGCAAGUCAUUUCCGAUGUGCAAGCUAUGUGUCAUCAAGAAUCUGAUUGGAUUCCUGAAAAUCCACAAGCUAUUGCCAAACAUAUCUUCUAUUCUUCAUUCAUGGGAACUGAAAACUCUUCCAAGGAAACUAGAUCAAGAGCCAAGGAACUUGCCGCAGAAAUUGGUUCUUAUCAUAUUGACAUGAAUAUGGAUACAUUGGUUACAUCUGUUGUUUCUGUAUUUGAAGUUGCCACCGGGAAGAAGCCAAUUUUCAAGAUUUUUGGUGGUUCAAUUACUGAAAACUUGGCACUUCAAAACAUUCAAGCAAGAUUGAGAAUGGUGUUGAGUUAUCUUUUUGCUCAAUUAUUGCCCUGGACGCGUCAAAAGCAAGGUGGAUUGCUUGUUCUUGGUAGUGCCAAUGUUGAUGAAUGUCUUCGUGGUUACUUGACUAAGUAUGACUGUUCCAGUGCUGAUAUUAACCCAAUUGGAGGUAUUUCCAAGACUGACUUGAAAAAGUUCAUUGGAUGGGCUUCGGUCAAUUUUAAAAUGCCAAUUUUAGAUGACUUCCUUAAUGCCACUCCAACUGCUGAAUUAGAACCAAUCACCGAGAAUUACGUUCAAAGUGAUGAAAUCGAUAUGGGAAUGACUUAUGAUGAGCUCAGUAGAUUUGGUAGAUUAAGAAAAGUUGAGAAAUGUGGACCAUUGGCUAUGUUCAUCAAAUUGUAUCACGAAUGGUCACAACCUCCACUCAACCUUACCGCUGAACAGGUUGCCGAAAAGGUGAAGCGAUUUUGGUUCUUUUAUGCUAUCAACAGACACAAAAUGACUACUAUGACACCAGCAUACCAUGCGGAACAAUACUCUCCUGAUGAUAAUAGAUUUGAUUUAAGACCAUUCUUAAUCAACCCAAGAUUCCCAUGGGCAAGCAAGAAGAUUGAUGAAGUUGUAGAGGCAAUCACCAAAAGGGAAAAGGAGAUUGAAGCUUCCAAUUUAAGCGUAGAAUAGAGGGUAGAUUUGUGGUAUAUAUUUAUAUGUAUAUGUAUAUAUGUUUUAUAAAUGAUGUUA